AGCAUGCCUGACAAGUAUACCUUUUGUGUGUGUGUGUGUGUGUGGUGGUGCACUGGUUAAAGACUGCGAGCUGAGGUAAGGCAUCUUUUUGUAACCAUUUAAAAAUAAUUUGGAAUAUUCUGCUGAAGUAAAUGUUUCAAUGCAUAACAAAGCAUGCCUGACAAGUGUAUUUUUUUUGUGUGUGGUGGUGCACUGGUUAAAGACUGCGAGCAGAGGUAAGGCAACUUUUGUAACCAUUAAAAACAAUUUAGAUCAUAGUGCUGAAGUAAGUGUUUAAUUGUAUAACAAAGCAUGGCUGACAAGUAUACCUUUUUUUUCUUUAAUGUGUGGUGGUGCACUGGUUAAAGACUGAGUUGUGUGAGUUGAGACUACAAGCUGAGGUAAGGCAACUUUUGUAACCAUUAAAAACAAUUUAGAACAGUGCUGAAGUAAGUGUUUAAUUGUAUAACAAAGCAUGGCUGGCAAGUAUACCUUUUUUUCAUUUGGGGUGGCACAUUGGUUAAAGACUGAGUUGAGGUAAGUCAAACUUUUUGAACAUUUAGAAUAUACUGCUUAAGUACAUUUAAAUGUAUAACAAAGCAUAGCUAAAAAGUGUACCUUUUUCUUUUAUGUGUGGUGGUGCACUAGUAAUAGACUGUGAGUUGAGACAAGUUAAAUGCUUGCUUUUUUCAUGGCAAAAUUAAGACCAUAUCCAUGUGUGCUGGGCAGUCUUAAGAUAUUCAUCAGCACUUGUGUCUUGUCAAGGGCUUAUGUGAAUAAUGUAGCUGGUCAUUAUCAAAUCUUGCAUUGAUAUUUUAAUUAAGAAACUUUUAUUCGGUUUUCAUUCCUGUUGAUAUUAAUAUAUUUUCUUGAAAAAUUGUCUCCUUAAUUGAUAGUUUAUUUAGCUGUGAAACGUUUUUUUUUUUUUUUUUUUUGUGAAAGUGAAAUGUGUAAAUUGAAUAUAUGCUAAACAAUACUACUUUGUAUGUGUGCUGGUGAAUGGAUAAGAGUGUGAGUUGAGGUAAAAUUUAUAAUUUUAAUGUAAUUUUUAAAUGUAUGAAGUGAAGUUCUUAAAAUGCAUAACUUAUCACCCUCUUCUUUUUUGCAUGUGCUGGUACACUGGGAAAAGACCGAGUUGAGGUAAGUCAAACUUUUCGAACUUUAUUAAAAUGCAUUUAGAACAUCCUGCCAAAGUGUUUAAAUGUACAACAAAGCCUGGCUGACAAGUAUACCUUUUUUCUUUUAUGCAUGGUGGUUCACUGGCUAAAGACCGAGGUGACUGCGGCAGAGAGGCGGCGACUGCGGCAGAGAGGCGGCAGCUAUCGUCAAGAGUCUGCGGCAGAGAGGCGGCAGCUAUCGUCAAGAGUCUGCGGCAGAGAGGCGGCAGCUAUCGUCAAGAGUCUGCGGCAGAGAGGCGGCAGCUAUCGUCAAGAGUCUGCGGCAGAGAGGCGGCAGCUAUCGUCAAGAGUCGGCGGCAGAGAGUCGGCGGCAGAGAGUCGGCGGCAGAGAGUCGGCGGCAGAGAGUCGGCGGCAGAGAGUCGGCGGCAGAGAGUCGGCGGCAGAGAGUCGGCGGCAGAGAGUCGGCGGCAGAGAGUCGGCGGCAGAGAGUCGGCGGCAGAGAGUCGGCGGCAGAGAGUCGGCGGCAGAGAGUCGGCGGCAGAGGCAGAGAGUCGGCAUGCCGCGACCGAAGAAGAGGGCGACGAUAGCCAAACGUCUUUAUGCUCAGAGAUGUGCAAAUACAGAGGUUACGCUGAAUCCUCUUAAAAAAAAUGAUGCAUUGUUGUCACCAAAAGCUGGCAGCAUUGAAAACCCUUGCAAACUUGCAUCAGUAAAUGCAUCAGUAAACCUUGCAAACUUGCAUCUGUCACCUAAGCAAACCCUUGCAAACCCUUGCAAACCCUUGAAAACCCUUGAAAACCCUUGCAAACCUUUGAAAACCCUUGAAAACCCUUGCAAACCUUUGAAAACCCUUGAAAACCCUUGCAAACCCUUGAAAACCCUUGAAAACCCUUGCAAACCCUUGAAAACCCUUGAAAACCCUUGCAAACCCUUGAAAACCCUUGAAAACCCUUGCAAACCCUUGAAAACCCUUGAAAACUCAGAAAAAAAAGAAAAAGUGCUUACAAAUAUACAUGAAAUUUCUGUGAAUACUUUACCUGCAUAUUGUGAUUUUCCACAGCAAUCAGUGCAGAAAGGUUCUCUUGGUCAAGCAGUUGGCAGCAGUUUUCCACGGUCUUCCGGUAAAGCCCUUUACAGUGAAGUUGUAAAACGCCCUUCCAAGGUAUGUGAAUCAGUCAAGACUGAGGUAAGGACAUGUGAUUUUCAAGUAGACUCAGGCAAGCUCGGUCGACCCCAGAUGAGGUACCCAAUGAAAAGCAAAUCAAAACCCAUGCAAUCUGAACAAAACAUUCCUGCAAUUUGCCAUGAAAGUGCUUUGGGUGUUUGUUCUGAUUUUCCCCAGAAAUCCAUGCUAAGAGGAUCUUUUGAUCAAGCUGAUGCCCGCUUUGGAGAUUCACGCAACAGGCAGUGUGGAGCAAUCAGUCUGACGGCGGUGUUGAAAAGCAAGCUAAAGAAUGUGCUGACGUGGUCAACACCAGAUCUGGACGGUGUCUUGGUUGCAGGAACACACCUCUAUGAGUAUCUGAGAAAACAGGGUAACAUAAAAGACCGGGAAGUGAAGGGUAGGAAUUAUAUUGCAGUCCAUGAAUUACCAAGGCGACAUGUGUUGGGUAAUACUACAUUUUCCAUCGAGUACACUCCAUCUCUGACUGGUUUUGUUAAUGUCAAUGAGUACCACGAGUAUGACCAAGUCAUAAGCAGUGUAGCCAUGCCACUUGAUGUAGCCCUUCAGCAAACUCUACUUAGUGCUGAUGCUUUCUUGUUAACCAUUUGUGCCAACACAUCUGCAGUUAUUAAGCAGGGGUCAUGGUAUGCAGUCGUUGACUCUCAUGCCAUCAGGACAGACACAAGUUGUGUAGUUUAUCACAGUACCAUAGAGUCUCUGUACAACUAUAUCAAUGACAUGGCACAGUUGUUUGGGGAACCUGAGCCACCAUUUGAGAUAACUGGAGUUUUGGUUCAUGCAGAUGCAGAAGUGUCUGAUCCGCUGCAAGAAGCAGGCAGCAGCAGUUUACCAUGCUCUUCCGGUAAAGCCCUCUACAGUGACGUCUUAAAACGCACACCAAAGAUCGUUGGCACAUGUGAUAUGUGGAAGUGAGGAGAAACACUUGAAGGUUCGCCGUGCAGUUGUGAAACAUCUGAAGAUGAAUACUCCGCUGUUUGAGAGGUACGUGAGAAGUGAGUAUUCUUCAGCAGAGGAUUAUCUGACACGAUCUAGAAUGUUUUAUUCUGGCUCAUGGGUAACCGAAAUUGACAUAUUUGUUGCGGCCGAUCUUUUCAAAACCACCAUAAUGACUUUUAAUGACAGCCGAUGGAAUGCACACAAACCUACCGGAGAGGUAUCCAAUCAGAAUGCAAUUUAUCUGAAACACUGUAACCGUAAUCAUUAUGAAGUUGUGACAUGUGUUAAGCACAGGGAUCGAGAGAGUGUUUGUGCAGGAGCAUGUGGAAAUGUGGUGUCAAAUGAGGUCAGCAAACCAUGUCUGCGCAAAAGAAAGGUAAGCGAUGCUGCAGAAUGUUGUCCAAACAAAAGACAUCGGGAGAGAUAUCGCAACGACAGUGAGUACAGACAAAAAAAGCUGAAGCACGAGAAGUCAAAAUAUGGUAACGACCCCGAUUACAGACAGAACAAAAUUGAGUAUGACAAAACUAAAUAUAGUAGAGAUAAAUAUUACAGGGAUAAAAAAAAAGAAAUGCUUCGUGAUAAAUAUCUAAAAAAUUUUGAUAUUCAUUUAUCAAAGUGUGAACGUUCUAAGGCCAAGUACUCAAGCAAUAUUAAUUUCCAAAAACGUGUUUGCCAGUAUUCUCGAUUGAAAUAUAAAUAUAAUGUCUCUUUUCAGGCAAAUGUAUGCGAAUAUUCAAAGAAAAAAUAUCUGCAAAACCUGGCCUUCAAAGCAAGAGUGUGUGAGUAUUCAAAGAAAAAAUAUCUGCAAAACCUGGCCUUCAAAGCAAGAGUGUGUGAGUAUUCAAAGACAAAAUAUCUGCAAAACGUGGCCUUCAAAGCAAGAGUGUGUGAGUAUUCAAAGAAAAAAUAUCUGCAAAACCUUGCCUUCAAAGCAAGAGUGCGUGAGUAUUCUAAGAAUAGAAACAUUCAGAAUACAGCCUUUAAAAUUAAAAUGGUUAAGUAUUCUAUGAUGAAAUACCAUAAAGAUGGGAAGUUUCGUAUGAGUAAAAUUCAAAAAGGUUGUGAAGCAUAUGUAAGAAAGAAAGAACAACAAGACAUUGAUGUUGCGAUUGAUCAUUUUAGACAACAAAUUAGUAGUGGUCCAGAGUUUGUGUGCUGUGUGUGUCACCGUUUACUUUUCAGAAAGCAGGUUGUUGAAUGUAGAAGACAAUGCUAUGAAGACAAAGGUGUAAAAAUCGCUGCUUUGGGAAGAAGAUGCAUCACAACCAGGUAUGUUCAUGUCUGUGAUCAAAAGUGUGAAGGAUCUUCUGCUCAUUCCUCAGGAUGCAAAUUAUGGAUUUGUCUAACAUGUCAUCGAAAAAUCCUUUGUGGACAACUGCCCGAAGAGAGCGUUGCAAACAACAUGCAUUUGGUGGAUGUUCCGAAUCAACUGAAAUGCCUCAACUCUUUGGAACAACAUCUCAUUGCACGUAACAUUCCUUUUAUGAAAUUACUGUGCCUUCCUCGUGGUAAACAACAUGGAUGCCAUGGCCCUGUAGUGUGCGUCCCAGUUAAUGCCACAGAGGUGUCCAAUAUCCUUCCACGAAAUGAAUGUGAUGACAAGAUGAUAAGGAUCAAACUGAAACGCAAGUUGACCUACAAAGGGCAUUAUGAGUACAAGUAUGUACACACUGAUCGUGUUAGAAAUGCUCUGAAAUAUUUAAUCCGGUUCAAUAAGUGGUUCAGUGAUGUGGAGAUUAAUCGGCAGUGGAUCAACUCUUUGAACGAACCCGAAGAAAAUGUUGUAGAUGAAAUGGAGCAACAAGACGUAGUUGAAAAGAUUGACGAAAAUGACCUUGAUGAACAGCAAGAGGAAGACCUUACCUACAUCAAAGAGCAAAGUGGUCUUUUGUCAGAUACAUCAUUGCAACCUGUGGACAUCGGUUCAGAAGUAAUUGAUCAGCAUUUCCAGGAUGUAUUAAAUCUGGCACCUGCUGAAGGUAACAGUCCUGUUAGUUUGUUAUCCGAUAGGUCUAACGAAGCAAAAUGUUUCCCUGUUCUGUAUCCAACCGGUGGUCCGACAUUUCAUGAUAAGAGGGAGGUAAAAAUAACAUUGUCGAGAUACUUGAAUGCAAGAAUCCUCAAUGCAGAUGGACGUUUUGCACGAAGCACAGACUUCAUUUUCUAUGCACAGUAUCUGUCUGAGAUUGAUCAAGUUGUAUCCAAUGUUUCAAUUGCUUUGCGCAAAGGAUCUGAGAGGAGUUUGUUGACUGAAGUGACAUCAGAUGUGCUAACAAACCCAGACUCGUUAUCUAAAAUCUUGAAUUUUGAUGAAGGAUACAAGUUUUUGAGACCAAUCCGUGGAACACCUCCAUAUUGGCAGUCUACUCAAAAGGACCUUUUUGCACUUGUAAGACAGCUAGGUAUUCCAACUUUCUUUGCAUCCUUUAGUUCUGCGGAUCUCAGAUGGCCAGAAAUUAUUAGUACCAUAAUCAAACAAGAACGGAAAAAUCUGAAAGCAGAUGAACUUGACUGGUCUGAAAAAUGUGGUUUGAUUAGACGAAACCCAGUGACUGCUGCAAGAAUGUUUGAUCAUAGAUGGCAUUGUUUUCUGAGAGAUGUAAUCAUGUCUUCAGCUCAACCGAUCGGGAAGAUAGUAGAUUACUUUUAUCGUGUAGAGUUUCAACAGCGUGGAUCUCCUCAUGUUCACUGUCUGUUUUGGGUUGAAAAUGCCCCAACGUUAAAUGAAGACAAUGAAGAAAACGAUGGUUUGGUUGCUAGUUUCAUUGAUCGUUACAUCACUUGUGAGACCCCAAGCGAGGAUGAAACUGAACUGUUUGAGAUUGUCAACGGUGUUCAGAAGCACAGUGUCAGACAUUCAAAGACAUGUCGUAAGAAAAAGACAGUUUGCAGAUUUAAUUUUCCAAGACCCCCAUCAAGCCGUACCUUUAUUACAAGAGGUGGUAGUCGAGACGAUUUGAAAAGUGGUGAUGGAAAAGAUACUGCACGUACAGUUUUAGAAAAAGUGAAAAAGGCUUUAACAGCUUCUGAUAUGGAUUAUGACUCAACUGAUGCAUUUUUUGAAUCCAUUGGUAUUAACCAAGCUCUCUUUGAGAAAGUUUAUGCACAGUGUUCCAAAAAGAAAUCCGUUGUCCUUAAAAGAAGUCCGAAAGACGUCUGGGUGAACCAGUAUAAUCAACAUUUACUGCGUGCCUGGCAAGGCAACAUGGAUAUCCAGUACGUCACUGAUGCUUACUCUGUAGUGGUUUACAUUAUCAGUUACAUCACAAAAGCAGAACAAGAAAUGGGAUUGUUGCUGCAACGUGCGCAAAACGAAGCCAUGAAUGGAAACCUUGAAGCGAGAUCAUCACUGAAGAUGCUUGGUAGUGUAUAUCUUCACAACAGAGAAGUUUCUGCUCAAGA